UUCUUAGAGAAGUCUCCCCACAUUAAGUAGGUCCCACAAUCUUUUUCUAGAGUCGUCACUCUCCCUGUCAUAAUAAACAAACCCACAAACGUUGAAGACUUGAAGCUACUUACUCCCCUUAUUUCUUGCUGUCUGAUGAUCAUUGAAACUCAAAAAGGGUAGUUGAGAGAAAGAAAAACCCAAAAUCCCAAUUUCUCUCAUAUUUCUCUUUCUUCCAUUUUUCUUGGAAUUGGAUUUCUGGGUUUCUAUUCAUUUGAUCCAUUAUCAUGUCUCCUCGUCAGGAAUUUGGAAGUGUUUCUUCUCCACCGUAUGAAAAUGGAACUUCAGAUUCACUUUCCCUGUCCUGUUCCGAAAAGGAAGUACAGGAGGUCCUUCAGCAACCUCUUCAAGGGAUAGAUGAGAAUCUUGUUGAGUUUUCUGAAGCUAUGCGAACUGUUGCAAAGGCAUUAAGGCAUGUUGUAGAGGGAAAGGCUUCAGCUCAAGCCGAAGCAGCUGAAUGGAAGCGGAAAUUUGAGCUUGAGAAAUCGAGGAACCUUCAACUGGAGCGCAAAGCGUUAUCAGUUGGGAACCACGGUUGUGACCUCCUAAAUAUGAGAAUAGAAAAGUCAACUAACCAACCAGAAGAGUAUUCCCCAGCGGACCCGGAAAAUCGGAAAAAUGGCCACUGUUGUGGGGCAAAUGGAAUAUGCAAUCACGAGGUUCUUCGCAAUGGAGAAUUAUCAUCGGAUUCUGAGUCUAUAAACAAAAGGAUGCUGAAAAAGGCGUCAUUCAAACUAUCGUGGAAUAGCGAAGGUACAAACGGCAAUCAGUAUAAGCAUGAUGUCGUCUCUUUUGACAGAGGAAACAUAUCAAUGACUGAGCGUAGUAGCAAACAGAUAUUUCUCAAGUGGGAGAGUGAACCCCAGACUGUGCUUGUUUUGACCAAACCAAAUUCAACUUCUGUACGACUUUUAUGCUGCGAACUCGUCAGAUGGUUGAAUGAACAGAAGAAGCUAAACGUAUAUGUAGAACCACGAGUUCGAACUGAACUCUUAGAUGAGUCAUCUUCUUUCAACUUUGUUCAGACAUGGAAGGAUAACGAGGAGGUCAUACUCUUACAUACGAAAGUUGAUCUGGUCGUGACUCUUGGUGGUGAUGGAACUGUACUUUGGGCUGCUUCAAUGUUCAAAGGACCUGUUCCUCCUGUUGUUCCAUUUUCUAUGGGAUCUCUCGGCUUCAUGACUCCAUUUUACAGUGAGCAGUACAAGGAAUCACUUGAUUCAGUGCUGCAAGGUCCCAUCAGUAUUACAUUACGGCACAGAUUACAAUGCCAUGUAAUUCGAGAUUCUGCAAAGCACGAGUAUGAUACGGAGGAGCCUAUUCUCGUUCUGAAUGAAGUCACUAUUGAUCGAGGAAUAUCCUCGUAUCUCACAAAUCUGGAAUGUUAUUGUGACAACACUUUCGUGACGUGUGUUCAAGGAGACGGAUUAAUCUUAUCCACUACUUCUGGAAGCACUGCUUAUUCAUUGGCUGCUGGAGGAUCAAUGGUUCAUCCACAGGUUCCUGGAAUUCUAUUUACUCCAAUCUGCCCACACUCUCUUUCAUUUCGACCGUUGAUAUUGCCCGAACACGUAACACUGAGAGUGCAAGUACCAUUCAACAGCAGAGGUCCUGCAUGGGUAUCAUUUGACGGAAAAGACCGAAAACAGUUAGCACCCGGAGAUGCGCUUAUAUGCAGCAUGGCACCGUGGCCUGUUCCAACUGCAUGUCAAGUCGAUUCCACCUGUGAUUUCUUGCGUAGCAUCCACGAAGGUUUGCAUUGGAAUCUGAGAAAGACACAGUCCUUCGAUGGUCCUAGUUUUGGUAAUUGAUGAUAGUUCUACAUUGCACGUAAAAAGUCGAUUAUGUGUAGUAUAUUAAAGGUGUCUAAAAUCGUUACACAGAUCUAAUGAUGGGUAGUGUUUUUCUUCGAGCCAUCGUAUCGUAGGUUAUCAAUUACGUGACCUAGUAAUGUGACCAACCAUAGAAUGUAUUUACCUUACAAGUUACAUGUAUGAUGUAUACCAUUGCAAAAAGUACAAAGUACCUCGUAAUAAUUCUCAUCUUAUACUAGCUAGUAUAGUAGUAAAUGUAAACCUGACAAAAUAGCUUCAUGGUUUCUCAUGAUCUGUAAUUCAUUCUGUUGUGGUAUAUGAGCAUCCUUGAUGAGACUCAAUUUGGGUGUAAUUUAGUAUUUAAAUGAGUUUUUUUUUUUUUUUU